ACAAAUAAAGCUCACUUACCGGGAAAAAACAAUUAGUACCGAGUUGCGAGAUUUUUUAUACAAUAUGUGUAAUCAUCAUUAUACUGACUUAUAUCGAAUUAAUUACGGGAGGGGGGGGGGAAAGGUUCGUAACAAUAUUGCGCUGAUACGCGAUAUUGUGAAAUACUUCCGAUUAGUAUUACGCGAAUCAUACAAAGGUUGAGUGUGCGCGCGUACGAGUGUCGUGACUAUACGAGCGAAAGAGAGAUAAUUCAUAAUACUUUUUUGAGUAAAUACGGUGUAUAAGAGUAGAAGUCGUUCGAACCUCUCCUCCUUUCGUAACGCACUGCUAUUGCGGGUGUCUUUGAUAUAUCUGAAAGUGAAUUAAUAACAGUUCUCUAUUGUAAGGAAUAACUACUUACUGUGGAAAAUACUUACCUAUUACUGAGAACAAUCGAUACUCAUUCCGGAUUAGAUCCUGGUGGAGCGAGUAGCCGAGGCCGAGACGUCGGUACCUGUAACAAAGGAAGGAAAGAUUAUCAAUCAGAGGAAUUCUUCUUGGCGGUGAAAUCAAGAAUUUAUAACAGAAUACAAAAACCAUGAAGAAACGAGCAAGAAAAUUUUGUCUACAAGUUCUAACUGGACUCGAAAAGGUGGUAUCAGAGAAUAAUAUUGAUAGCUUAAAAAAACUAAGCAAUUUAAUUGACAAUAUAAGUAAUGUAGAAGAUCAAAUAACUUUGAGAAAUUAUUAUGAUAAUGCCAGCAACCCUGUUAGAAGCACUAAUUUAGUUAUCUUAGCUUGUAAACAUAAUAAAGUAAAAAUUUUAGAGUAUCUAUUUGAUAGUGAUAGUAGAAUUCUAAAUAAUCUGUCUGUUGUUAUUGGAAGAAACACUAUAUUACCAUAUGAUGAAGAUGAAACACGUCAUAAUGCGUUUUAUUAUGCUAUACGUUCAUGUGAUGUCGAGCUUCUUGAUACACUCAUUAGUAAAUGGCCAGUUAAUUAUUUUGCUGUUAAUUUAGGAGAAUUGGAUGAAAUCCUUUCAAGAACUUAUGAAGAAUUAAAGUUAAAAGAUGUACCAUUGUCAGACGAAAUGGAAAUUUUUGUUCAUAAUAAGUUAGUAAACCUCCGUUUCUUCCCUAAUACUUUUCGACAAGAUCAGAAAGUGAAGAAUUGUCUUACUAAUAUCAGAGAACGGAUUGAAUUAACACUUCAAAACAUUAAUAUGCUAAAGACAGAUUACUCAAACACAAAAAAAAUAGAUAAGAGGUUUUUAUUUGUAGCAAAAUUUAUCGCAAUAAAUAUUCAUAUAUUAAAGCGGCAGUUGAAAUCAACCUAUGAUAGAUUACCUUGGGAAGAAAUGGAGUUUUGUUUAGUCAGUUUUGUUUCUUCUCACACAAAACGAGAAGAAAUUAAUCUAUUUUAUAACGCUACAUUGAAUAAAAACAAAAUAUUAAAUCACUUAGAAAACUUUGCAGAAAAACUUAAAAAUGAAAAAGAAAGUGUGAACAUUAAUAAACUACCAAAUUUAAAACGCGAGAAAGUUGUUGCAAAGAUUAUUAACAGUUGUUUUCAAUUUAAAGAAUUGUAUAACGAUUAUCAACAAAUUAGAGAUAUCCAUUCUUUAAUGAAAAUAAGUGAUUGUAUAAAGUUGGCGUUAUCAGCUGAUCCUAAAGAAAAGGAAGAACAGUUAAUUAUUAUAAGGGUUUUACAGGUUAUCGGCGAGCAUUUGAAAAACACUUUAGAAUCCCCCAAGUUAUCUAAUACUACAAGUGAGUUUCUGCUAUUAUCAUUACCGAAAAAUACAAGAAAAAUAAUUAUAGAUUUACGUAAUUCACUAUCGCAUGCUCAUUCACUCUCCAAGAGAACAGAAAUUGAGGAAAAUACAGAUGUUGGUUUUUUUGCUGGUCUUCUAAAUGAUAUUAAAAAAAUCGAUAUUGUAAUUACUGAUAUUCUUUAUAGUAAAAAAAUUCAAACGGUUAGAAUGCUUCUAAAAAGAAUUGCUGAUAGUGAAAACUUAAGUGAUAUAAAAGAAACUGAUAAAAUAUUAAGUAAUGUUAAAUUGGAUGAAAUAAUAUCGGCAGAUUUAAAAAUGAUGGAAUACAAGAAACUUGAAAAACUCAUUAAAGAAUUAAGCGAUAACAUAACUGACAAGACGGAUCAUGAAAAGAAAUUAUUUAAUGAAAUUAAUAAAAUAAUCAAUUGUGGAACUCAAUUAGAGAAUAUUAAAACUGAUUAUAUUAGAGGAUUUAGAUUAUUAGGCGCAAUUAGCUUCUGCCAUGACAUUAGAGGAAUAAAAUGUUUUGCUAAUACAACAUUAAAGAAUAUGACUCUAAAAAUAAAGCCUAAUAGCUUUAAAGAAAUUGCUAAGUUGUUCACAGAAAUUUAUCGUAGUAUUGAGCCAAGAAUUCGAUAUGACAAUCUGGAUAAAUUAAUUUACGAAAUUUUUUUUUAUAUUUCUGAAUUUGGAACAAUUGACAUCAAAUGGAUUGAGAAAUUAAGAGAAAUGUUGAAUGAAAAAGGUUCGUGUAUUCCUACACAUAAACAAUGGAAUACUUACAAUGUAACGGAAGAAACAUAUAACAAUAACCUGCUUGCAUCAAAGAUAUCUGAACUGAAAAAUAUUUUAGGCAAAAACGCAUUAAGUGGUCAAGUUAUUGAAAAAUUACUUUUCUAUAAAAAGGAUAAAAAAUUGCAAACAAUAGUAGAAAUGCUUGUUCUGGAUAUAAUGUCAAUUUUAGGUAGCUUUAAACAUUACUUGGAAAAUAAUCUAUUUUUUUUAGAUGAUAACACUCCUAUAUUAAUUGGAAAAUGUUUACGUAAUCAUUUAGCACAUGAUAAUGCUCUAGUUAACGUACUGUUAUUUGAUCCUUCAAUAGAAGUUGUUUUGAACGCUAAAAAACUUACUGAAAAAAAUAUAAUAAGAAACAAGAAAAAAAUUGGCAAGUUAGUAAGCGAUGAUUUUUGCAGGUUGAGAAAGAAGUACAAUCAAGACCUAGAUACCAUUAGUAAUCAGGAAAAAAUGAUUGCUGCUUUGGAAGAAGGAAAUUUAGAAAACUUAAAGAAUUGUCUAAAAAAUGGUGCAGAUAUUAAUGCUAGAAGUAUUAAUUCAUGGGCCACGUUACAUUUUGCUGCUAAAGGAUCCAGUCCUGAAGUUAUAAAAUUUAUUCUUGAUCAAAAUUUAAGCGUUGAUGUGAAAGAUAUUAAUGGUCAAAGCCCAUUGCAUAUUGCUGCUGCGCACGGAAGAAAAAAUAUUGUAGAAUUUUUUAUAAAAGCAGGUUUACAUGUUGAUGAUUUAGAUAAUAGUCUCAAAACGCCACUACAUGUCGCUGCUCAAAAUGGUCACAAGGAUACUGUUGUAGUUUUAUUAAAAAAUAAAGCUAAUACUAUUGCCAAAGAUGAAACUGGUCUUUCACCUUUAUACCAUGCAAUAAUGAAUAAUCAUAUCGCUGUAGCUAAGAUUUUAUUUAAAAAAUAUGUAAACGUUGAUAUUAAUGAAAAUAUAGAUGGCUUUACUCCGUUGCACGUAGCUGCAAAGGGAGGUCAUUUAGAGUUAGUUAAUUUCUUGCUUCAAAAUAAGGCAGAUGUAAACGCUAGAAAUGAUAUGUAUUCUACACCGUUACAUGGAGCAGCAAGCAACUGUUUGGAAGUAGUAAGUGCCUUAAUCCUAAACGGAGCUAAUGUUAACGCUAGAAGCAUAAGUGGUAUUACACCAUUACACUGUGCAGUAGAUUACGGUCAUGAGAAGAUAGUUAAUAUUCUAUUGGAGCAUGGAGCUAAUGUUAAUGCUGUUGACAUCGAUAAUGAGACACCUUUGAUCUUGGCAGCAAUAUAUGGACACGAGGAAAUAGUUAAAACUCUACUGAAAAGUAAAGCCAACGCUAAUAUUGCCAAUGUUGCAAGUAUGACUCCAUUGCAUUUUGCUGCCCAGAAUGGUCAUCUAGGAAUAGUUGUUGCUCUACUUAAACAUAUUUUUGAUAUUUGUGCUAAAGAUCGAAAUAACAUUACACCAUUAUAUUGUACAGCAAAAAGUAGUCAUAAGGAAAUUUCUGAACUUUUAAUAGAAAAAGAAGCAAAAAUUAAUGCCAAAACUAAUAAUAAUGUAACACCACUAUGUACAGCUGCUCUGAAAGGCCACAAAAACGUUAUUCAUCUUCUAAUAGACAAAGAAACUGAGGUUAAUGUAAAAAAUAAUGACGGUUGUACACCGUUGCAUCUAGCUGCUCUGAACGACCACAAAGACAUUGUUAAGCUUCUAAUAGAAAGUAAAAAAACUGAGGUUGAUGCAAUAACUGAUGACGGUAUUACACCAUUGCAUAUGGCUGUUGUAAAAGGCCACAAAGACAUUGUUGAUCUUCUAAUAAAAAGUAAAAAAGCUGAGGUUGAUGCAAAAACUUAUAACGGUAAUACACUGUUACAUCUAGCUGCUACGAAAGGUCACAAAGACAUUGUUGAUCUUCUAAUAGAAAAUCAAGCUAAGGUUAAUGCAACAGCUAAAGACGAUAGUACACCGUUGCAUCUAGCUGCUCUAGAAGGUCACAAAGGCAUUGUUGAUCUUCUAAUAAAAAAUAAAGCUAAGGUUGAUGCAAAAACUAAUAACGGUAAUACACCGUUGCAUCUAGCUGCUUUUAACGGCCACAAAGAUAUUGUUGAUCUUCUAAUAAAAAAUCAAGCAAAGGUUAAUACAACAGCUAAAGACAAUUUUACACCGUUACAUACAGCCGUGACAGCAGGUCAUAAAGAAAUCGUUGAGAUUCUGGCAGCAAAUGGAGCCAAUGUUAAUAUCAGAACUAAUAACAACAUGACACCAUUGCUUUCUGCUAUAAAAUAUAAUCACAAAGAAAUCGUUAAAGUUCUUAUAUCAAAUGGAGUUAAAGUUAAUGAAGAAGGCAUUAAACUUUUGUCAUCAGCAGUUCUUGCUGCAAACACAGAUAUUAUAGAAAUUUUACUAGACAAAGUCGAUGUUGAUGUAAAAGAUUCUAAAAAUGUUGCACCAUUACACUUGGCUGCUAUUAAAGGUCAUAAGAAUGUAGUAAAAGUUCUGUUAAAAAAAGGAGCUACACUUGAUGCUAUAACUGUUGAUAAUCUAACACCAUUAUGUUUUGCAGCACAGGAGGGGUAUGAAGAAAUUGUUGAGAUUUUAAUAGCACAUGGAGCUAACUUUAAUUUUAAAUCUUACAAAAAUCUUACACCAUUACAUAUAGCUGCAACCCAUGGUCAUGGUAAUGUUGUAAAAGUUUUACUUGAUAAUAAAGCAAAUAUUAAUGUUAAGGAUAAUAAGAAUAGAACUCCUCUAGAAUUAGCAGUGGCACAUGGUCAUUUAGAAGUGGUUAAAAUGUUACUACUGCAGGACUACGAAAAAAUAGAUAUAAAUGCUAAAAGUAACGAUGAUUGGACGAUAUUGCAUAUUGCUUCACAAAGAAAUAACUUAGAGAUGGUAAAAUAUCUAGUAGAUGAUAUAGGAUUUAAUGUUAAUGCUAUAAAUGCCUUUGGUUCAAAACCUAUACACAUUGCAGCGAGAGAAGGUUGUAAAGAUACUGUAGAGUUUUUCCUUAGUAAGGGAUUAAGUAUUAAUGAACUUGAUGCAGCUAAUAAGACAUUACUACACUAUGCUGUAGAAAAUGGUCAAUUAAAAGUUGCAAAGUAUUUGAUAACACAAGGCGCUGACGUUAAUGCUAAAGAUCAUAAUGGCUUAACUCCUAUGCAUAUUGCUGCUAAUUUUAGUUAUAAAGACGUUAUUGAAGUUUUAUUAAAAAAUGGAGCAGUUUAUAACGCUGUUGACCAUACUUGUAAAAAACCACUAAAAAUGUCUAAUGACGAAAACGUUAUCAAUUUAUUAGAAUCAACUGAGAAAUUGUUCGAGGCUGUAAAACGUAAUGGCUCUUCAGAUGUUGAGAAUUACAUUAAAGCAGGGGCGGUCGUUAACGCCAAAAAUGUUAAUGGAACAUCAUUACAUUAUGUUGCGUGGAAAGGCUAUGACAGUAUUGUCAAUACUCUAUUACAAAAUAAAGCUGAUCCUAAUGCAGUUGGUAAGAAGGGAUAUACUCCUCUACAUUAUGCUGCUAAGUUCUCUCACUUGAAAAUUGUGAAGCUCCUAUUAUCUAAUGGUGCAGUAUAUAAUGCAGUUUCUGAUGAUGGUAAAACACCAUCAGAUUUUACUGUAGAUAAAAGUAUUACUAGCUUAUUUAUACUACUGAGUGACUUAUUUGAAAAUAUUAAAAAUGAUAAUUCUCAAGUUAUUAAUGAUCUUAACAAGAUAAAGAAAAUUAAUACAGUAAAAGCAAUAAUGAAUGCUUGUGAUAGAGAAAACAAAACGCUAAUAGUUGCUGCAGUGCAUAAUAACUUUUCAGAAGUCGAACAGUUGAAAGAGGUAUCACAAGAUGGUGUGUCCGCUCAGAUUAAUGUAGGUUUAAUGUUUUAUAAUCGAGGCGAUUAUUGUAGGGCUUUAUGUAUUUUCGAAAGCGUAUUUGAAAAAAGAAAAGAAAUUCUAGGAUCAGAUAAUCCUGGCACUUUAGAUAUUCAGACAUACAUAGGUAAUGUAUUAUACGCACAAGGGGCUUACCAAGAAGCUUUAAAUACAUUUGAAGAAAUUUUCCAGAAACAGAAAGAAAUACUGGGUUUAAAUAACAAGAAUACUUUAAGUACAAGAAGUACAAUUGCUUUAGUGCUGUAUGAGCUGGGAAGGAAUAAAGAAGCUUUUAAUAUUUGUCAAGAAAUUUGUCCAAAGCAAGAAGAAAUAUUAGGUCCAAAUCAUUUAGAUACUUUAGAUAGUCAAUUUCGCAUGGCAUUAGUAUUAGAUGCACAAAAAAAAUACGAAGAAGCGUUAAAUAUCUAUAGAACAGUUUUUGAAAAAAGUAAAACAAUAUUAAGUGCAGAUGACCCAACAGUUUUGUGUAUUCAAGAAAAUAUGGCGGUGGUACUGGCUAACCAGGGUGAACUUGAAAAGGCAUUGACAAUUUAUAAAGAUGUUUACGAGAGGAAGAAAGCAGUUUUAGGUAUUAAUCACUGUAGAACUUUGACAACGUUACAUGACAUUGGUCUAAUAUUCGACAAGCAAAAAGAUUAUUAUAAAGCCCUGACGACUUUUCAAAAGGUUUUAGAUGAUAGAAAAAAAGUUUUGGGAAAAAAUCACCGUGAAACCUUGAAUACUCAAUACUGUAUUGCAAAUGUACUUCUUGCUAAAUUUAAAUUAUUUGAUGCACUUAGAGCCUAUACAGAAUGUUUGGAUCAAAUGAAAGAUAUUUUUGGACCAAGUCAUCCCACUGUUUUGGAUAUUUUGAACAAGAUAGAAUAUAUUAAUUAUAUAUUUAAGUUUACAGGCUACGAACGGCGAGAUAUUCUACUGUAUCUGCAGAAAGACAUUUACAUUGCUGCUAGUAAUGGUGAUAUACAAACUGUUCAGCGCCUAUUAAAAGAUGGAGCUGAUGCCAAUGAUAAAGACAUUGAUGGAAGAACACCGUUACACUACGCUGUUAGCAAUGAACAGGCAAGUGUUGUGAACAUCUUACUAAAAAACAGAGCUGAUGUUACUCAAGUUACUAAUAAAGGUAAUACACCAUUACACACUGCGACUUCUAAAGGUUACAAAGAAAUUGUUGAAGUUUUAUUAAAACAUGUAAGUCAUGAUAAAUUAAACAAUUUCAUCAAUGCUAAAACCGCUGCUAGUGGUGCUACAUCGCUCCAUGUUGCAGCCAAGAAUGGUUUUUUGGAUGUCACCAAGUCUUUAUUGAAGCGAGGUGCAAUUUAUAAUAUUAAAAAUAAUGAAGGUAAAACACCUCUUGAUCUUUCUAAAGACCAAAAUGUUAAUGACUUACUGAAACUAGUUGAAGAAUUGUUUAAAGAUGCAAAAAAUGGUAAUCUUGAAAUAAUCAGCAAAUUAAAAGCGAUAAAAUCUGAUGACUAUGUAGUUGCAACAAAUGUUCGUAAUAAUCAAGGAUAUACGUUAUUGCAAGUUGCUAUAGCUAAUAGACACAAAAAUGUUGCAAAUAAAUUAUUAAAAAUGCUAAAAAAGUUAAAUAAAUAUUAAUAAUUUGUCGAUGAUAGAGAGAGGAAUUAAAAGCUUAGAACUUUAAUUAAUGCUGUUAAAUUAUUUAUAUGUAACUUAAGUUAAUUAUUUUAAUGAAAUUGAGCAUCGGUGGUUUGUUAUCAAAAAUAGAGUUAGAUGAAAUAUCUCUGUCUUAUCGUCAUGCAGUUGAUUCUGUUUUCCUUUAAUUGUUUUGACUAUCAUGAGAAAUACUAUACUCAUCACUGCAGUUUAUACUUUAGUUGCAUUAAGCCCUAAGUUAUGUAAAAAUUCUAUUAUAUAAGAACUAGUGAAGGUUGAAAUACGUUUAAGAAACUAAAAAUUUUUAUGGUAAUAUUUUUCCUAUUAAUACUUAUAAAACCUAU